UUAAUCAAUUUUAUUCUUUAGAAAUUUUGCAGGUGUAAUUGAAAUGCAUCGUUUAGUAAUAUUUUCGUUUCAAUAUAUUGUGAAAUUUAUUUAAAUUAAUUUUAUAGUAUACAAUAUUUUUGAUAUUUCUAUGUAAUUUUAAAUUACAAAAUUACAAAAUAGUUAUAUCAAAUAUUUGAUAGAUUUGUUAUAGUUUUUUAAAUUUCAAAAUGAAUGCCUUAUUUGAUCAAAUAAAACUACUACAUAGCCAAAAGCUGUAUUCCAAUAUAACAAAAUUGGCAGAAAUGAUACUAAAAGUUAGUGAACAUACCUCUGAUGUAUUAAUGACACAUCAUAAAUUCAGAUUAUAUGCAUAUUUGGGUGAUUCUUAUUACUUUUUGGGUAAUUAUAGACAAGCUGAAAAUUCAUAUAAAGCGGCUUUAACUUUUAAAGAAGCAUGUAGUACAGCUAAAACACCACUUAAACAAUUUGAUAAUUUAAAAGAACCAAUGCCAGAUAUAGAUAUUAAAUAUCAAUUACAUUUAUGUCAUAUAAAAUUAAAAGACUUUCAACAAGCCUUGAAUAUUUUACAAUCUAUUCCAACUAAACAAAGAAAGCCAAAAAUAAAUAUGGCUCUAGGUAAAUUACAUCAACUAUUAGGCAAUGUUGUUUCUGCUAUUUCUGCUUACAAUAAAGUUCUUAAAGAGUGUCCUCUUGCUAUUGAAGCAGCUGAAGGUCUUUUAAGUCUUGGUGUCAAAGGAACUGAAGUAAAUGCACUUAUGCUUGAAAUGGUCAGCAUUAAUGGACUUGAAUGGCUAAGUGGCUGGAUCAAAGCUCAUGCACAUUUACAUAAUAAUCUUGAAUAUUCAAAUGCAAUAAAUACUUUGAAACAAUUAGAUGAUCAUUCAACUUUAUGCAACAGUAAUCGUUUAUUAGUUGUAAUUGGGAAAUCAUAUUAUUAUAACGGUGAUCGAAAAAGUGCUUUAAUAUAUCUACAAAGAGCCUACAAAUUAUAUCCUCUUAUGCAAGAUGGUCUUAGUACAUUAGCUAUGUGUUUAUAUAUGGAAAAACAAAAUAGAGAUUUAGAAAAACUUCUUCCAACUACUUACACAGAUGAAUCUUCAAUAGAUCCUCAUUUAUGGGUUGUUCUUGCUUUUGUAUGUUUUAGUAAUAACACUCAUUCAAAAGCUGCUUUUUUGGCGGAAAAGGCUUGUACUGUUGAUCCAAAAAAUGUUGAAGCUCUGUUAUUACAUGGUAUGAUACUUACUAGUAUGAAAAAGUAUACUGAGGCUAUUCUUCAAUUUCGCCAAGCAAAUGAUAUUGCACCAUUUCUUUUUGAUCCUCACAAAGGAAUGGUAGAUUGUUACAUUUCUUUACAUAAAAUGAGAAAUGCUUUAACAGCUGCUAGUAAUUGUUGCAAGCAAAUGAAUAACCAUCCAAAAGCUCUAACUUUGUAUGCUUCAGUUCUUAUUAAAGAUCAAAUGACUUUUGGAAAAGCAAAAAUUGUAUUAGAAAAAGCUUUAAACGUAGAUGAACAUUAUUUGCCUGCUGUUUAUAUGUUGGCCCAAAUAUUUGAACAAGAAGGAAACUUAAAUUCUGCUAUCACACUUCUACACAAACAAGCCUUAGAUCAGCCAACAUGUCGAUUAUAUCAGAUGCUUGGUGACUAUAGUGUAAAACAAAAUCAGCCAGAAAAAGCAUUUGACUAUUAUUACUCUGCACUUAAUCUUGAUCCUAACAAUAAAAGAGUUAUGGAAAGUUUGGAAAAUAUGGGAAAGCCAUGCAAUACUUCAACAGCAGCAUCUGCAGAUUCUGUAGGGCCUGUUUUAAAUGGGUCAUUGUUGGAUGCGACAUUUAGUGGUAUUAACAAUGCUGAAAAUGAAUCAACACCAUUCAAUGCAGGUCAUGAAGAAGACACAUUCAUGGAUUCUGAUCAUGAAGGUUCUGGAUCAGAUAUAUCAAUAUAGUAUAUAAAUUAUAUAAAACAUUUGACUGUGUAAAUUUUUUUUUAUUGAUCAACUUUGUGAUUAUGGCAUGAAUAGUGAACUAUUUCUCCAUUUGGACAUCUCACAAAUGCACUGUAAUUAUUUAAUUAAUGUGUAUAAUAUUUUAUUUUUUAUUUUAUAUAAUUGAUUAUUAUUAAAUAAUAUACCUUUGA